UUCUGUUAAUAGAAUAAAUAUACUGCAUUCUACAUCUUACGCGUAUCGUUAGUGACAAGUCGACGAUCUAUUCGCAAUAUGAUCAAUACGGGAAAAUUAGCUGGCCGCACGAUUUUUAUUACUGGUGCUUCGAGAGGAAUUGGGAAAAGUAUUGCAUUGAAAGCUGCGAAGGAUGGAGCGAAUAUUGUUAUCGCAGCUAAAACUGCGGAGCCACAUCCCAAAUUGCCAGGCACUAUAUACACUGCUGCCCAAGAGAUCGAACAAGUGGGUGGACAGGCAUUGCCCUGUGUCGUAGAUGUAAGAGACGAGGCGCAAGUAAUUUCUGCAGUAGAGAGUGCAGUUAAGAAGUUCGGUGGUAUCGAUAUCGUUAUUAAUAAUGCAAGUGCUAUUUCUUUGACAGGCACAGAAUCCACAGAUAUGAAAAAGUACGAUCUUAUGAACAACAUCAAUACCAGAGGAACAUUUUUAGUGUCAAAGGUGUGCAUACCUUAUUUGAAAAAGAGCACGAAUCCUCACAUAGUGAACAUUAGCCCACCGUUGAGUAUUAAACCUAUAUGGUUUAAGAAUCAUGUCGCCUACACAAUAUCUAAAUUUGGCAUGUCGAUGUGUGCUCUUGGGAUGGCUGAGGAAUUUAAAGAACACGGUAUUGCUGUGAAUGCAGUUUGGCCAAAGACUGCUAUUUACACCGCCGCGAUUGAAAUGCUGUCUGGCUCUGAAGCAAGUACUUUUAGUCGCAAACCCGAAAUAAUGGGAGACGCUGUAUAUGCUUUAAUUUGUAAAGACAGUAAGUCUGUCACUGGUCAAUUUUUAGUUGACGAGGAAAUAUUAAAAAGUGAAGGAAUCAUCGAUUUUACCGAGUACGCAUGCAAUCCAGAAAACAAGGAUAAACUGAUGCUGGACUUCUUCUUAGAAGAAAAUUUAGAAGCGGGUUUAGAAAACCAGAUAACAUCGAAGAAAAUGCAGAGUGCUAAUAAAUCAGAAGAAAAGAUAGCACAGUUAUUCACUGCUAUUGAAGCUAACUUAAACAGUGAGCUAGUUAAUAAAACAGGAGCAAUAUUUCAAUUUAAUGUUAAAGGUGACGAAGCUGGUGUGUGGUUCUUGGAUCUCAAGAACGGCAAGGGUGCAGUAGGGAGAGGAGAACCUAAUCAACCGCCAGAUGCUACGCUGACAAUGGAUUCUACGAACUUUUUCGCUAUGUUCGCUGGGAAACUGAAACCUACAACAGCAUUCGUAAUGGGAAAACUGAAAAUUAGCGGUGAUCUUCAGAAAGCAAUGAAAUUGGAGAAACUGAUGAACAGUUUAAAGGCCAAGCUUUAAAGAAUCAGACGAGCUUCUUGUUUUUGAGAAGCACUAGGUAACAUUUAAUCUACUUAAGAUAAAAAUA